ACACUCGUAACAAAAACUAAUAGCAAUCGUCAGUGCCCGCCCCAUCCGCUCCCUACCUCUCCAGCUCCCCUGCUCCUCUGUUUCUUCUUCCGUCUUCCCGCCCAGGCCUAGCCGCCGUGAGCCGUGGCCAUGCCCGUCGCCGCGCUCCACCCUCUCCCGGCCAUCGUCGGGGCCGGCCGCCGCAGGGCCCGACGCCACCGGCGUUUCGGCCUCCGCGCGAGCUCCCUGGAGUCGCCGUCUGUGGCCUCGACGGCGCUGGAUGGCGUGGCAGGGCCCCCGGUGGAGAGGAAGGAGAAGGUGAAGGACGAUGCGGCGGCGGCGGAGAAGGAAGAGAACAAGGGGCUGCACGCCCUCUACGACGACGGCUUCGGCGGCGUCACCGUCAAGGACUACUUCGCGGCGGCCAAGGCCGUGUCCAGGGACGACGGCGGCCCGCCGCGCUGGUUCUGCCCCGUCGAGUGCGGCCGCCCGGCGGUGGACGGCGCGCCGCUGCUGCUCUUCCUGCCAGGAACGGAUGGCGUCGGAAUGGGGCUCAUCCUGCACCACAAGUCGUUGGGCAAAGUAUUCGAGGUUCGUUGCUUGCACAUACCAGUCAAUGAUCGUACACCAUUUGAAGGGUUACUACAAACCGUUGAAAAUACUAUCAAGCAUGAGCAUGAUUUAUCACCUAACAGACCAAUAUACCUCGUUGGAGAUUCAUUUGGUGGAUGCCUUGCAGUGGCAGUGGCAGCUCGUAAUCCACAAAUUGACUUGCUUCUCAUACUAGUAAAUCCAGCUACAUCAUUUGCAAAGACUCCAUUACAGCCCAUAUUGCCUCUUUUGGAAUCAAUGCCAAGCGAGUUUCAUGUUACAGUUCCGUAUCUUCUCAGUUUUGUCAUGGGUGACCCCCUGAAGAUGGCUUCGGUUAGCAUUGAAAACAAUCUAUCUCCUCCAGAAACUCUACAGAAAUUGUCAGAUAGUCUCACUUCAAUGCUACCUUUACUUUCGGAAUUGCCAGAUAUUAUACCAAGGGAUACUCUUUUGUGGAAACUCAAACUUCUUAAGACUGGAGCUGCCUAUGCAAAUUCUCGACUUCAUGCUGUACAAGCAGAAGUUCUACUUCUUGCCAGCGGUAGCGACAACCUUCUACCAAGCAGAGAUGAAGCAGAUCGUCUUUUCAAGGCACUGAAGAACUGCAGAGUUCGAUACUUCAAGGACAAUGGCCAUACGCUACUCUUGGAGGAUGGUGUCAAUCUGUUAUCUGUCAUAAAGGGAGUAAACAUGUAUCGCCGUGGAAGACAAAGGGAUUUUGUAACCGAUUAUCUCCCUCCUACUUUAAGUGAGUUCAAGAAAACAUUUGACGAGGAUCACAAACUUUUUCACCUUGCACUGAGCCCAGUUAUGAUGUCUACCCUGAAGAAUGGAAAAAUUGUCCGUAGUCUAUCUGGCAUUCCUGAUAAGGGUCCUGUCUUGUUUGUGGGCUAUCAUGCGCUCAUGGGUAUUGAAUUGAGUCCACUGUAUGAAGAGUUCCUGAGGGAGAAGAAAAAAAUUGUUCGUGGCUUGGCUCAUCCACUUUUGUUUGGAACAAAAUUUGAGUCUUCGCGCCAGGAAUUAUCUCGGUUAGAUACAGUUUCUAUGUAUGGUGGACUACCGGUCACCCCAAUCAAUAUGUACAGGUUAUUUGAGAGGAAUGAAUUUGUUCUGCUUUAUCCUGGCGGUGUUCGGGAAGCUCUGCAUAGAAAGAACGAAGAAUACAAGUUGUUUUGGCCGGAUCAACCAGAAUUUGUAAGAAUGGCUGCACGGUUUGGUGUUACUGUCAUACCCUUUGGGUGUGUAGGAGAGGAUGAUGUUCUAGAGUUGGUUGUGGAUUAUAAUGAUCAGAAAAACAUCCCUGGCCUUCGGGAAUGGAUAGAGUCAGUCAACAAAGAAACUGACAGAGUGAGGGAUAGCGUCAAAGGGGAGGAUGGGAAUCAAGACAUGCACUUGCCUGCUGUUCUCCCAAAAGUACCUGGCAGAUUCUACUACCUAUUUGGCAAACCGAUCGAAAUGAAAGGAAUGAACAACCUUGUCAGAGACAGAAAGAGUGCAAAUGAAGUGUAUCUUCGCAUAAAAUCAGAAGUGGAGGAGAUAAUGUCAUAUCUAAAGAGGAAGAGGGAGGAAGACCCUUACAGGAGUAUAGCGCAGCGUGCGUUAUACCAGGCAACAUGGGGCGUCUCUGCUCAAGUUCCAACUUUCGAACCAUGAAGAUCAGGUGCAGAAAUGUUAGUGUGAUUGGAUAUUUGAAAGCUCACACAAACAAAGUAGGUGAAAGAAUCGGUGAAAGUAGGGCAGGACAUCUGUAACUGCAAGCUUAUUGCGAUUCUUUGAUCAGAUGCAAAUUACGCAAUCCAUUCAGAGGAAAUUUCCUCCCUUACACACUGUACAGAAGUACAUUACAUGUACUAUGCAGAAAAACAUUGCAUGUGUAUAUUUUCUGACAGUUUUCUGA